AGAGAAGGCGCUGACCCUACUAAAGUGAGCUAUUCUAGCUCACUUUAACCCUACUCUAGUUUUCACCACUUUCACGUCGUGAGAGUUCGCAGUUGACCUGUUCCUCGGGAGUAUGACUCGUUAUUCGCGCAAAAAGACGCACAAGGGCUACACCGCGGCGCACAAGAGGGACAAGACGAAGCGUAGGAUGAAAGACCUCGACCAAAUUCACGUCGACAUGCAACCGGAUAACGCCGAGAGACUGCUCAACCAGGAGGCCGACUACGACAUGCCCGGGGAGGCGCAGUUCUACUGCCUACAUUGCGCGCGGUACUUCAUGGACAAGAACUCUCUGAAUGACCACCUGAAAAGCAAGAACCACAAACGAAGAUUGAAGUCCUUGGAAGAGGAACCAUACAGCCAAGCCGAAGCUGAAGCUGCUGCCGGCAUGGGAAGUUACAUUCUUCCCAAGAGAUGUAAAGUAGAAUCGCAGCCGCUAAAGGAGUAGAAUCUGUGCAUGAAUGCCAUUAAGCUUCGUUUCAUCCACCCUCAAAGUGCACAUGCUCAAAAGGAAUAUUCGUUUCAAUAAAUAUAUGUUGAACAAGAUC